CGAGGCGGAGAAAACUCACGGAAACAGCUCGAGGAGACAACAUCAUUUAUUUUGCUGUUGAUUAUGUAGAAUGUCAUUAAACUCAAGUGUGUGUUUGUCCUGCAGAGGUUUAUAAAUGAACUCAACAUUUCCAGCGGUGUGAAUCAAUCCUGAUGCGGCUUCACACACGGUUUCUGGUUUGAAAGGCAAACGCUUCUCUCAUUCUACACGCCACAGGUAACUCAAGUUUGAAGUAUGGCUACAGUAGGAGUGGAUGUGAUUGAGACAGCAGCUCUAGGGAGACCCUUCCAGCUGGGGAUGCUGUAUGACUGCAGGAAAGAUGCUCUCAUACCAGGAAUCACACUGUGGGAUCCAGAGAAGCUCCAGCAGAGUUUACGAACUCGUCCCCAAAUUAACACCGAUUUCAAAGUAACAGCUUCAGACUCCAUUGAGGACAAAUCAAGCUUACUGAACAUCGACGGCUCUCUGAAACUCAGUCUUUUAGGUGGACUGGUCAGUGUGACAGGAGCAGCCAAAUAUCUCAACGACACCAAGAAGUCUUUCAGACAGCAGAGACUGACGCUGCAUUAUCACUCAACCUGCAGGUUUGAAGAACUGACCAUGAGUCACUUGGCACCUGAAAAUAUCAUUCAUCAGCUCGUGUUUGAUAAUGACACAGCGACACACGUGGUGACAGCGGUGCUGUAUGGAGCAGAUGCCUGCUUUGUGUUUGACAGAGAAGUUUCAUCAGAUGAGAAUAAAAAUACAGUAGAAGGAGAAGUAAAUGCGGCCCUUGACAAGCUCAAAUUCAUUUCAGUAGAUGUGAAGAUCAGUCUGAAGAUGAAUGACGCUCAGAAGAAUGCAGUCCAGAAAUUCACAUGCACGUUUUAUGGCGAUUUCCAGUUACCGUCUAACCCGACGAAUUUUGAAGAUGCUCUGAAGGUUUUCACGGAUCUUCCAAAACUUCUGGGAGAAAAGAAAGAGCUUGCGGUUCCUCUGAGAGUUUGGCUUUAUCCUCUGGACAAACUUCACUCAAGAGCUUCAAAACUUCAGAAGGACAUCAGCAUGGAUCUAAUCCUAGAAACUGAAUCAGUGGUUGAGAGUUUAAACACAGCUGAGAUGAGAUGCCGUGAUCUUCUGAAAGACUCACCUGCUUCGUCUUUUACCGCAUUUCACGAUACAAUUCUGCAAAUGAAGCAAAACUGCUAUAAGUACAAACUGAAGCUCACGAAGAGACUCGGCUCUCUGCUGCCAAACAUCCGUGGAGACGUGAUGAAGGAAACAGCACUGAAUGAACUUCUACAAGAACAUGAGGAAUCUCCUUUCAGAAGAUCUGACCUUGCAGAAUGGCUGAAAGAGAGAGAAAGAGAGUCUGAGAUCGUUAAAUCAGUCCUCAGACAGCUGAAAGAUGCUGGUGCGCAAGUAGAAGUCAACAUAGACCUGAUUUUGAUGGAUCUGGAAGUUGGAAAUCUGGUCUGUUUCAUGUUCACAUCAUUGAACUGGUCAGACAUGCUGCUUCUUCAACAAAAGGCCUGUUUGAGUCCUUCAGCAAAAGGAGGAAAUAAUGAUAGCAGCCCUGAACGAAAGCAAAAGUCUUGGCUCAGUCCUGAGAUCCAAAAGACCAUGAGGAGCAACCUGAAGAUGUUUAAGAACUUGAUCGAUUUGAAUGACAGUACAUCAAACAUGUUUAUCGUGUCCUCAAGAGAAAUGAAGAAUAAUCCAGGUUCCUGCAUUCUGCUGUAUGAAAGUGAAUGUGAUGAAGCUGUUUGCUUUAUUCCUCCAUCUCCGCCAGCCUGUCCAGUCAUCGAAGAGGUCAAAGAAAACACCGUAGUUGUAAAGGUUCCUCCAUUGUGUCCUGAUACAGUUGAGAUCAAGUUACUGUAUAAACCGAAGCAGGACUCAGUCUGGACAUCUGAACCUGUGAUGAAGGAUCAAGACGUAGUUACUCUGACUGAUCUGAGAUCAGGAACUGAAUACGAGAUCAAAUGUGCAGCGCUGGGGAAACUCAACUACACCACAGACAGUGACGUCAUUGAAGUUACCACAGAGAGAAGAAACCGAUCAGUUAUGGCAUACUGUGGCUUGAUGAAUCAGGGAGCAACCAGCUACUUGAACGCAGUUCUGCAAACACUCUACAUGACCCAGGAAUACAGAGAAGGCGUUGUGAGGCUGGAGAGAAGAGAUGAUUCGCCUGAUGGUGAUUUCACCGAAGAGCUGAAGUCUCUGUUUGAUAAAUUAGACAAAGAGUCUCAUCCAGUUUCAACAGCCGCAAUCUCAAAGAGCCUCGGCAUCACAGAUGUCUAUAAAGAAGAAGAUGCAGCAAAAUGUCUAGAAUUGAUUCUGAUCAGGACUCCCAAAUCUUCUAAGAUUUUUAAGGGCACUGUGGAGAAAACCAGUAGAUGUGAUUCGUGCAAGCAAAUAAUAUCAGAACGGCUAGAUUUCUUCACAAUGAGCAUCUCUCUAUGUAAAUCAAGAAAUGUGGGCUUUGCUUUGAAGGAACACAUUGAUCAAAUGCAUCAAGCUUCUUUGAGCUGUAGUCAGUGUUCAAAUAAAUCAGCAGUGGCAACCAAAAGUCAUGUUGACUUUCCACAAAUACUCAUUCUACAAUUGAGGACCUUCCGACAUGACAACAACGGUCAAGUAAGAAUUCCUGCACAAACGGAGGUUUACUUCCAAAAAUAUGAGCUUUAUGCCAUAAUAAACCUUUAUGGAACAUUGAAAGAUGGACACUAUAAUACUAACAUCAGAUCUGACAAUCAGAACUGGUAUCGAUGUGAUGACAGCCAUGUAUUUCAGAUUCCUGACAAGAUGUUUUCAGAAAGGACCGAUGUAUUGCGGAGGAUUGCAGAGUUUGUUUCUUCUUCAUCUUCUGAUUCAUACUAUUCACACAGCUCUGCCUAUCUACUCUUAUACAAAAAGCGGGAUUGACUGAAUCAGUAAAUUGACACAGAGCAGAAUAUCAUCAUUUAGGGUGAUACAUGCCAUAUAAGCAGAAUUUAACCAGGCUCGAAGGCUUCCAGUAAAUGACUGUGAAUGUAUUUGUAAAUCUCUCUGCUCAACAGCUGAUGAUUUGAAGCAGGUGCGUCACAAACAUAUAUACAGUAAAUGCCGUGCUGUUGCCAGGAUUAAGAAGGACUGGUCUGCGUACUGUAUUUGCUUUGAAGAAAAUUUUCAGUAUGAAUAUUGAUGUCAUUUAUUUUCAUGCAUGUACUGACAUAUUUAAUAGACAUCGUAUUAAUCAAACUAUAUAAUGAUUAAGUGUUUAUAAGGGAAGUCCCAUUAUCUGCUGAUGCGUAUGUAGAAUUAUUAUCAAUUACACUGCUGUAAAAGGAUGUAGUUUGGAGUGAUAUGUAUUCAUGUAAAGGAGUAGUCAUUUUUAUUAUAUCAAAAGUCAGUAUUGUGACCACAUAAGAUGAAAUAUGUCACAUAUAUACUGUAUAUUUGUGUGUUACAUCAAAUAACCAGACACCUGAUUGUGGCAAAUACACUGACUGUCAUCUGUGUUUACAUAAGGAAAUAUAAGUCCGUAUUAUACCAAUAUACUAAUACUGAUACCCCGGGGACAUUGUUUUUCUUAAGGUUUUUUUUUUUUAUUUUGAUAAAAAAAGGGACAAUACAAGUUUAGGAUUAGAUAAAAUACAAGUUGUGGUGGAUGAA